GGAACGAAGAGCUGUUGUGUUGGUGGAGGAAGAAAAACUGGGUAAAGGAACGGAUUAAAAGAGAUCACUACUUAUUCGAAACAUUGAGCUGUACUUCCCUCAUUUAAUGAGAAGUGAUACUGCUGAAACAUGCUUCAUGAUGAUGAUCGUUGCUGCAUUUGGUUCGUAAGCGCAGGACGCGGAAAAAAAGACGCAAACCACCGGACUCAGUGAGAGGAGGUGACAACAAGGAGAAAAAAUGCCGGUACCUCCUCCACCUCCCCCUCCGCCACCCCCCACCUUCUCUAAGGCAAACAUUGAGAAGCCUGUCUUGAAUAGAUCGGAGCAGCAGGGCAGGAAUGCUCUGCUGUCAGACAUCAGCAAAGGAGCAAGGCUAAAGAAGGCGGUUACUAAUGACCGUAGCGCCCCUAUACUUGACAAACCCAAAGGUGGUGGUGGAGGUGGGCCUGGAGGAGGAGGAGGAGGUGGUGGGGGUGGAGGAGGGGGAGGGUUUGGAGGUGGAGGUGGGGCUCCAGCUGGUCUGGGUGGGCUCUUCCAGGGAGGCAUGCCAAAGCUGCGUUCCACGCGAGAUGACUCCAGUAAUGUCAGACCUCCACUUCUGCCACCCGGUGCUCGUGGCUCUGGUCCACGGCCCUUCGGAGGAGGAUCUAGCCCCGCCCCUCGUGCUCCUCUGCAACGCAGUGAAUCCGUUGACCCCCCUCGCCCACGAAUGACCCCACCACGUCCUGAAACACCUGGAGGACCUCCUCCACCUCUUCCAAGUGCCCCACGGCCCUUUCAGAGUGGGGCACAGAGCAGGGGACCGCCUUCUCUUCCAGGGGCUCCUCGUCUUGGUUCCGCACCAACCCCUCCACCUCCAAACCCUCCUGGGCGACAGCCUGCACCUCCACCGGUGCCAGCUGCAUUUGGUCGUCCUCCUACCAUUCCUUCGCCCUCAGCUGGUCAUGCUGGACGGCCUCCUCCUCCCCCUGGUCGAGGUGAUGACCGUCCUCCACCUGUUCCCCCUGCAAACCGUUCUUCCUUGCCACUCACUCGGGACACCCCGCCCCCUCCACCUCCACCAUCAGCAAGUAGUAAACCAACUCCUCCUCCAGCUCCUGCUCCUGCCUCUCUGCGGCCACCUGUUAGUGGAGCACCUCCUCUGCCUCCAGGACGCCCAAAUCCAUCUCCUCCUGAGGAGCAUACGCCACGCCUUCCUGAACGGAACCUGUCACUUGGCUCACAUCCUCCUGCCCCUCCACCUGGGCGAUCCGGACCCCUUCCUCCACCUCCUUCUGAGAGACCACCCGCGUUGGGCCGGAAUGCAAGUGGACGAACAGGCCCUCUUCCACCUCCACCUCUUUCUGGCCGUCCAGGAGGAGGAAGUGUGAGGUCAUCACCAGCCCCUCCUCCGCCAAACAGACCAGGUGUGGAGACUCACCGUGGUGGCAGUAGACCACCGCUUCCACCAGACAGACCCUCCUCUGGACCUCUGCCCCCUCCUCCCCCACCUAUGGGCAAUGGAUACCACAGUCAGGGACAUCAUAUAGAUGAGUGGGAAUCACGCUUCACGUUUCGACCUGUAUCGGAUCUUCCACCCCCAGAGCCCUACAUUCCCUGUCAGAAGACCUAUCCUAGCAGAUUGGCCAGGAACGAAAGCCGAGGUUCAGGAAGGAAAGAGCGAGGUGCACCUCCCCUGCCCCCCAUACCUAGGUGAAAGAAGCUGUUGUCUCAGGGCCUGACAAUCCUUCCCUACCCAAUUAUCUUAUUUUAUCUGGUACUGUCUGUUUUUUAUGUUGUAAUGAAUGAGUCAUUCAUUAAAAAAAUGCUAAAAGAACUAUAAAAAUAACAACAUAUUGUAUUAUAUUACAGACAACAUAUAUUUUAUACUAUGUUGUUUUUGUAUGCUUUGGAGAUGAAUACAUAAUGGCUAUUAUGAGUAUGUCAAGUGAUGAGCUCUACAGUGAUACUACAGCUAAGUUUGACUUUAUUUUUGAGUAUUUUUCUGAGUAUGAUGAGUUGUUGCAGCAUUUCAUUGGCCUUCAGGAGAGUGUGAAUGUUUCGCCUUUUUGGCUGUCACACUUACUAUUAUUCUUGCUAUUUUAGAUGCACUUAAGUCUCAUACAGAAUAUCAUAUUUUGAGAGAUAAUGCAACAGUUUUCAUUAAAGUAUUUUUGGUGCGUUUUGGCGCCCCCUACCUUCCUGUUUUCAUACAACACAGUGGUUAUAUAGCAUUGACAUUUCUAGCCCUCAAAAGGUAAGAUGUCAGGUAGCGAGAACAAUAUCAGACUGAAGAAGUUACUAGGUGUGUUAAAAAUGUUAAAAGAGUGUGUGUGUGUAUGUGUGUGUGUGUGUUUGCUUUAGUACCAGUAUGUGUAUGUGGUGAUAAGGGCCACAAUGAUAUACAGAAUGCUAAAUUCUCUCUAAUAAGCAGAGCUGCAGUCUGUCAGUACUCUGUUGCAGAUUGAUUUGUUCACAUAUGCAUGUGAUCUGAUGUGAAAAUAGCAAGGACUGACUUUAUGGGAAGAUGUAGAUGUCCUUUAUUAAAGACUUUUUAGAUCAUCCCCCAUUUAAAUAAGCCUGAGAGCUGACAUUGUAUAGGACUGAGCUUUAAAUGAAAGAUGUUUUGCCUUAAAAUCCUAUACAAGUGGGUUUGUAAGCCAAAUAGCCAAAAAUGUGUUAGAUUUUAUGAUAUAUGUAUGCACUUGCUUGCUUUGUUAAUGUUAGCUCAGUAUUAUGUUGCAUUAUGGAUAUUUCUCCGAUGUGUGCUGUUAUAUUUGCCUAAAGCGCUUGACUGAAAGUAUAUUCAAUAAGUGUAUCACACCUUGAAUUACAUUUCAUUUGUUUUGAAAGAAUCAAGAAGCUUGGUUUAUGCUGCCUUAUGUUUGUUUACAUGAAGAGAUUACUUACAAAGGCCUUUUAGUGAAACGUUAAAAAAGGAACAUUUCAGUGAUAUAUGCAAUGUAGCAUAGCAUCUUGAAUUUAUCAGAGAGGAGACUGAUGAUUGCACAGCCAAAAAGAAACAAUAUUUGCCACCACCAUUAUUAGUAAUAAUAAAGUCCUCUGAUUUAUUUUCUAUUAUAUCUUAAUUUGGUACUUUAGAUGUUCUCUUUAUGUCUGUAGAUGCACAUUUCAUACAACAUAUUAUGAUAUUUAAUUUGUAUAUUUACUUCAUUACAAACAGUCUUUGCUAUUCUGGUGUACCAAAUAUGUUGUUUUCUAAAUAAACAUGCAAAUGAA